AUGAUAAAUAAUGAAUAUUUGAAAACUAUGAUGUUAAAACCUAAAAAUGUAAUAUUAGAGCCUAAAGAUAAUAUAGUGCUAGAACUUGAAGAUGAUAUAGUGCUAGAGCCUAAAGAUGAUAUAGUGUUAAAGCCUAAAAAUGUUGAUUUAGAUAGGCCAGAAUUUGAUAAUACAGAUGAUAAUAAUAAAUCACUUCAGUCCUCUAUGUUAUUGCAAACUGGCAAUCAACUUUUAGUCAAAAAAAAGUUUUUUAAAAAACUGGAUAGUAGUUCUGUUAAACUAUUUUAUAAAACAAAAUUAGUUAAUAAUUUAGAUUUUUGGUUUUGUCAUUAUAAAUCUUGUAAUCCAUAUAUCAAGUAUUAA